CCCUAGGGGCUCUGCUAUGGCAAAGCAGUCCCCAGGUGCCAUGUCGGCGUCAGGGGUGCCCACUGGGGUGUGGGGGGCCGGGGAGGCUUCAUUAACUUUUCCCAGGUAAGCCAAGGCCUGUGCCCGCUGCAGCGUCACUGACCAGCGCUGGCGAAACUGGUGGAGCAGUUUCGCUGCCUGGUAGGAGCUGGGGUCUGCAUUGAAAAGUCUCCUGGCCCCUGUGUCAGCCAGCAGCUUCAAGAAGGUAGGGACCUCGGCGCAGGGGCAGCCGUAUGUCUCGACUGCCAGUGGGAAAAAUCCGACAUAGGGAGCCCGAUUUCGGUAGUGGGAGAUUUUCUUGUCAGCUUGUUCCCGGGCCAUGUAUCCGCGUCCUUUUCUUGCGUCCGGGUCCCGGCUGCUGAUGGGAUCUGUGACGGUGACGUCACAGAUCCAGACAGCUCCGGAACUGCGGUCUCGGAGGGCGAGGUCGGCCUUGUGGCCGUCUACGGGGCUGUAGAUGGUGGUCUCCUUGGUGACUAUAAAGUCAGCAUCUCGGGCCAUCCGUAUGCUCUCGUCCAGCAGGGCAUUAUGGGUGUCAGUCCGUCCGUGCCCGGUGCCACACCGGAGCAGGUGGUUGGGCAGCCUGGUGUCGAGGAUUUCGAAUUCCUCGGCGCAGUUGCAAGUGCGGGGGGCUGGGAAUGGAAGGCCGAGGCGGAAGGCCAGGGCAAUGGCGAAGUGAGCUCCCGGGCUCGUGGGGGCAUCGCCGUUUCACACUUCGCCAGCCAGGUAUGCAAGUGGGUGGGGCUGGUGAAAGGUGGCGUGAGGUGCCGGACAGCGUCGGCCAGGGGCCCUCCUGACGCUGCUGGUAGGGCAGCCAAGAGGCCCUGGGCUUGGGUGAGGCUGACCCAGUCCUCCAAGAGAGGGAGGGAGGGACGCUUGAGCCCAAGUGCGCACCCGCUCCACCUCGCCUCGGGGUGGUUGGAGGUUGCAGGCACGCAGGAGGGUAUGGAAGAGCUCCCUACCCCAGUCGGACCAGACGUCCAGGGGAAGGAAGUCAAGGGGGGUGGUGCGGAUUAAGUAUGAGACACGCCGAGAAACGCAGCGUGUGAGGAGGAGGGAUGAGGACUGGGGGUCCAUUGUGGCCAGUGUGGCGAGGGGUUCGGCUAGCAGGGACAGCUGGGUGCGGAGGAAUGCAGCUGUGCCCUCGGCUGUGCCUAUAAAGCUGCCAAGUAUGCGGACACCUUCUGUGUUGAAAGGUAUGCCUGGGGGAAGGUGGUCAGGUGCAGGGCGUUCGGCUGACCACGCCGCGCAUUUCGCGGGGUUGUGGGAGAGACCGAUGCGGUCCAUGGCCGCUGUGAAGUUGAGGAACGCCGAGGUGCAGGAGUCCGGAUCGCCGACGAAGGUGAUGUCGUCGGCGUACGCGAGGCAGAGGACCUCGGGGUGGGCCACGGCGGUUGUUCGGAGCGCUGGGUGGAUGGCGGCUGCGAAGAGGAGGGGGCCCAUGGGGUCCCCUUGGCGAACUCCCCGCGCACUGAGUAGGGGUGGGCUGUCGAACUCGGCGUCGAGGUAGAGCAGCGACGGUGCUCCGUAGGAGAAUUGAAUGAAGGGGAGGAGCGGGCGCAGGGGCGAGGUGUUAAUGGCGUGGAUGAUGGCCGUGCGGUCAACGCUAUUAAAGGCGUUUGAAAGGUCGACUUGUAGGAUGAGUGAGCCCGGGCGCGCUGAGGUAAAACCCCUGGUGGCAUGGAUAAUGGUUUCUCCGCCGCUCCUGAUGGCUACCCCGUAUUGGUGUGGUAGGAAGUAGUCUUGCGCGGAUUGCGUGGAGGAGAUUAGCGCGGCUUUUGCCGCUAGCCGAAGGAGACACUCUCCUAUUGCGAUGGGGCGGGUACCCCCAUCUGGCUUGGUAAGGGCCAGGAGGCGUGAGGAGGUAACGAGCUGGCUGACUUCGUGCGGCAGGUUACCCGCCAGUAGCCGCUGGACGAGCUUGUGGAGGUUUGUGGCGACGGUGGGGUUGGACAGCGAGGCGUCGCGAAGGUGCUCGAAGGUCAUCCCCGAGGGGCCUGCCCCAACUCCAUUUUCGGAGCGAGAGAGGAGCUUCGCGAACGUAGCGAAAUCGACUGUCGGCGGCCUGCAGUUUUCGUCAAGCCGUGGCCAGGUGAGGCUUUCGACAAGCGGAGGGGGGUGUUUUGACUUCAGCGCGUCCAGCACCGUGGGGGUGGACUUGCUGACUGGGGUCGAAGUCAACGCGAGCAGAGCCCGUCGCAAACUGCCUCGGCGUACCAAGCCCUCGGCGCGGGAUAUUUUCCCAAGAGUGUCAGGUACGUGGCGGGGAGGGGGUGGCAUGGUGACAGCAGAGGCAGCUGCUUGAUACAGUGUGUCCCAAUGGCCCGCGAGAAAUUGUCGAAGUCGUCUUUCCGUCGCGGGCCAGUCAGGGCGUCGUGGUGAGGGUAGGCGAAGUGUGAGGCGCGGGAGGUAAAGUAACAGGAUCCAACCCUCAAUGGAGGUUGGAUGUUUGGCGAGGAAAAGGAGGGGUGUCAGAAGGGCGAGCGCGAAAAGUUGACGGAUUUGGGGGGGUAACC